AUGACUGGGUGGGUGCCCCGAGAGGUCACUGGGCGAGGGAACACAAAUACUCAGAGGAAACCACAGAGGGCCCAACACACCAGUGCCACAAACUCUGAGUACAAACCACAGAGGGCGCAACACACCAGUGCCACAAAAUCUGAGGACAAACCACAGAGGGCCCAACACACCAGUGCCACAAACUCUGAGUACAAACCACAGAGGGCCCAACACACCAGUGCCACAAACUCUGAGUACAAACCACAGAGGGCCCAACACACCAGUGCCACAAACUCUGAUGCCACAAACUCUGAGUACAAACCACAGAGGGCCCAACACACCAGUGCCACAAACUCUGAGUACAAACCACAGAGAAUCCAACACACCAGUGCCACAAACUCUGAGUACAAACCACAGAGGGCCCAACACACCAGUGCCACAAACUCUGAGUACAAACCACAGAGAAUCCAACACACCAGUGCCACAAACUCUGAGUACAAACCACAGAGGGCCCAACACACCAGUGCCACAAACUCUGAGUACAAACCACAGAGGGCCCAACACACCAGUGCCACAAACUCUGAGUACAAACCACAGAGGGCCCAACACACCAGUGCCACAAACUCUGAGUACAAACCACAGAGGGCCCAACACACCAGUGCCACAAACUCUGAGUACAAACCACAGAGGGCCCAACACACCAGUGCCACAAAAUCUGAAGACAAACCACAGAGGGCCCAACACACCAGUGCCACAAACUCUGAGUACAAACCACAGAGGGCCCAACACACCAGUGCCACAAAAUCUGAAGACAAACCACAGAGGGCCCAACACACCAGUGCCACAAAAUCUGAAGACAAACCACAGAGGGCCCAACACACCAGUGCCACAAAAUCUGAGGACAAACCACAGAGAAUCCAACACACCAGUGCCACAAAAUCUGAGGACAAACCACAGAGAAUCCAACACACCAGUGCCACAAAAUCUGAGGACAAACCACAGAGGGCCCAACACACCAGUGCCACAAACUCUGAGGACAAAUCACAAAGGGCCCAACACACCAGUGCCACAAACUCUGAGUACAAACCACAGAGAAUCCAACACACCAGUGCCACAAACUCUGAAGACAAACCACAGAGGGCCCAACACACCAGUGCCACAAACUCUGAGUACAAACCACAGAGGGUCCAACACACCAGUGCCACAAACUCUGAGUACAAACCACAGAGGGCCCAACACACCAGUGCCACAAACUCUGAGUACAAACCACAGAGGGCCCAACACACCAGUGCCACAAACUCUGAGUACAAACCACAGAGGGCCCAACACACCAGUGCCACAAACUCUGAGUACAAACCACAGAGGGCCCAACACACCAGUGCCACAAACUCUGAGUACAAACCACAGAGGGCCCAACACACCAGUGCCACAAACUCUGAGUACAAACCACAGAGAAUCCAACACACCAGUGCCACAAACUCUGAGUACAAACCACAGAGGGCCCAACACACCAGUGCCACAAACUCUGAGGACAAACCACAGAGGGCCCAACACACCAGUGCCACAAACUCUGAGUACAAACCACAGAGAAUCCAACACACCAGUGCCACAAAAUCUGAGAACAAACCACAGAGAAUCCAACACACCAGUGCCACAAAAUCUGAGGACAAACCACAGAGAAUCCAACACACCAGUGCCACAAAAUCUGAGGACAAACCACAGAGAAUCCAACACACCAGUGCCACAAAAUCUGAGGACAAACCACAGAGAAUCCAACACACCAGUGCCACAAAAUCUGAGGACAAACCACAGAGGGCCCAACACACCAGUGCCACAAACUCUGAGGACAAAUCACAAAGGGCCCAACACAGCAAUGCCAAGAUUCCUAAGGCCAGACCUAACAAGGACAAACACCAUCAUAGGUUCAGAGCCUCACAUGGCAGCUCCCCCCCCUCUGCCGUAUUCAUUACAGGCCUUGAAUGGCUACGAACCUAUAGUCCAAUUUUCUGCCGGAGAUUUCCACGACGGCCAAGCACUCACUGGCCAAUUCUGCGUCGAGAAACUCGAUGA